UCCGCUGUCAGGGCAAGGCAGACUGACAGUAUGGCGGCGGGGUGCAGCUGGAAGGAUGCUACUGUCGCCCGUGAUGUGUCUAUCGCCGGCAGGACGUAAAUGGACUAUUGACGUCAAAAAGAGAAGAGGAUUUAGCGAGAAAGGCCUGUCGCCGUGAGCUCCAAAGAUGGCCAGGCUCGCCGACUACUUUUUAGUGGUCGGUUACGACCUCGACAAGCGAGUGGAGGGUGAAGGUCAAGGUCGCAUUCUCCAGCGGUUUCCUGAGAAAGACUGGGAGGACAGCCCGUUCCCACAAGGCAUAGAGCUGUUCUGUCAGCCCAGCGGUUGGCAGCUGGUUCCUGAGCGGCAGCCUGCCUCCUUCUUUGUAGCAGUUUUGACUGACAUCAACUCGGAGCGUCACUACUGUGCCUGCUUCACCUUCUGGGAGGGCCUUGACAACUCACAGCUGAAGAAGGCCGAAGCCAGCGAGGUGGACGAGGUGGACGAGGUGCCGGCUGUCGUCCAAUCAGCUCAGGUCUUCGCCCCCAAGAGCCUGGUGCUGGUGUCCCACCUAGAUUACACCGAGGUGUUCAGGAACUGUCUGGGUCUGAUCUACACCGUCCAUGUAGACAGCCUGCCUGUCCCCUUGGAAACGGUGAUUGGAAAUCUCCUCACUUGUGUCAUCCCCAUUGCUGGAGGCUCCCAGAUUAAUGAGUCCCCAGUUUGUAGUUUAGACAAGGUUCCUCAGGCCCUGGCCUGUGACUGGCUGCUGGCCUGUCUCCAGCCGGGCCAGGAAGAGAGAGAGGAGAGUUUGAGGACUAUAACGUUAGGUGCUGGUGACCGGCAAGUGAUCCAGACCCCCAUUGAUGACUCACUUCCUGUCAGUGGCAGCAGCGUGGCCCAGCUCUUCAGACAGCUUGGUAUAAUCAAUGUGUUGUAUCUGUUCUGCGCCGCUCUGACGGAACAUAAGAUCCUGUUCCUGUCCAGCAGCUACCAGAGACUAACAGAUGCCUGCCGAGGACUGCUGGCCAUCAUGUUCCCCCUCAAAUACAGCUUCACCUAUGUUCCCAUCCUGCCCGGGAAACUACUAGAGGUCCUGAGCACCCCCACGCCCUUCAUCAUCGGUGUCAAUUCAUUCUUUCGCUCAGAGACGCAAGAAUUGUUGGACGUGAUCAUCGCUGACCUGGACGGCGGUACGGUGACCAUCCCCGAGUGUGUCCACAUCUCCCUGCUGCCUGAACCGCUCCUCCAGCAGACCCAGACUGUGCUGUCCAUGGUUUUGGAUCCGGAGCUAGAAGUCGCUGAUCAUGCCUUUCCCUCAGUGUCCACACAACCCUCCGCACUCAAGAUCCAGGAUAAGGAGAUCCGGGGAGUUUUCCUGUGGCUGUUCGCUCGGCUCUUCCAGGGCUAUCGCUGGUGUUUACACAUCAUCCGCAUUCACCCAGAACCAGUGAUCCGCUUCCAUAAGGCUGCCUUCCUGGGUCAGAGGGCGCUGACGGAGGACGACUUCCUCAUGAAGGUGUUGGAUGGCAUGGCGUUUGCGGGCUUCGUCUCAGAGAGAGGGCCUCCUUACAGAGCCACUGACCUGUUUGAUGACCUGGUAGCCAAUCAUGUGGAGCGGAUACGACAAGAGGAGACCUGUCCACACAAAGUCAUGAACCAUGUCAAGGAGCUGGCUGAGCAGCUCUUCAAAAAUGAGAAUCCCUACCCCGCUGUGGCAAUGCACAAAGUCCAGCGGCCGUCAGAAAACGGCCAGAACACUGCACAGAAUGAGAGGCCCUUCCCUGGGCUGGAUGACGUUGCGGUGCAGCUCUUCAUCGACCACGCUGCCGCAAAGCUCAAGACUGCGCCUCCUGUGGUUAAGUCGGAGCUCAAGGGCAUGGUGCCAUCUGGGCCCCCACUGGGAGACAUAGUGGACAGGAACGGCAACGUGAUGGCCAACAGCGCCCGCAGGCUGGAGGUGGUCAGGAACUGCAUCACGUACAUCUUUGAGAACAAGAUGCUGGAGGCCAAGAAGUUAAUGCCAGCUGUGUUGCGGGCACUGAAGGGUCGGGCAGCCCGGAUUUGUCUGACCCAGGAGCUCAAUCAGCACGUCCUACAGAACCGUGCUGUGCUGGAUGACCAGCAGUUUGACUACAUCGUCCGAAUGAUGAACUGCACCUUACAGGACUGCUCACAUAUAGAUGAACACGGUAUUGCAGCUGCCCUCCUUCCACUGGUCACAGCCUACUGCAGAAAACUGGGCGCAGGCAUCACACAGUUUGCCUACAGCUGCGUACAGGAGCACAUGGUAUGGACCACCAUGCAGUUCUGGGAGGCCAUGUUCUACAGCGACGUCCAGAGCCACAUCAGAGCUCUGUACCUGGAGACGGAGGACGGAGAGCAGCAGAACCACUCUGAGCAGCAGGACGGGUCGGUCAGUGGGAGGGAAAUCAGCGCCUUGGACCUGGCAUCAGAGCAGAACCGGCUGUGGCCGACGCUCAGCAAGGAAAUGCAGGCGGAGCGCGUGCAGAAAGAGGAGAGCACGGUGUUCAGCCAGGCCAUCCACUACGCCAACAGGAUGAGCUACCUGCUGCUGCCAUUGGACACCAGCAAGAACCGCCUGCUGAGGAGCUCCGGCCUCGGAGACGUGGAGAGCGUCAGCAACAGCUACGUCACAAACAGUAUUGCAGGCAGCAUGGCAGAAAGCUACGACACAGAGAGCGGCUUCGAGGACGCUGAGAGCUCAGACGUGGCCAACUCUGUGGUGCGCUUCAUUAACCGCUUCGUAGACAAAGUAUGUAAUGAGAGCGGCGUGACCAACGAGCACCUUAAGGCUCUCCACACCAUGAUACCAGAUAUUGUUCAGAUGCACAUCGAGACGUUAGACGCAGUCCACAGGGAGAGCAAGAGGCUGCCUCCGAUCCAAAAGCCCAAGCUGUUGAGGCCGACACUACUGCCUGGCGAAGAGCUAGUGAUGGACGCCAUGCGGGUCCAUCUCAUCCCAGAUGGUCGCGAGGAGGCCACGGGGCUGAUGGGAGGUCCGCCUCUGCUCCCUGCUGAGGGCGCCAUCUUCCUCACCAACUACCGGCUCAUCUUCAAGGGCACGCCCUCCGACCCUCUGGUGGGUGAGCAGGUGGUGACUCGCUCAUUCCCCAUCGCCUCUCUGACCAAGGAGAAGAGGAUCUCUGUCACUUUACCCAUGGACCAGUUUGUCCAGGAGGGGCUACAGCUUCGGUCCUGCACCUUCCAGCUGAUGAAGAUUGCGUUUGACGAGGAGGUGGCAUCAGACCUGGCGGAGGUUUUCAGGAAGCACAUGCACAAGCUGCGCUACCCUCAGCACGUGCAGGGCACCUUCGCCUUCACCGUGGGUCAGUGUGGGAAGAUGGUGGUGGAGCACAAGACCAAGGACAAGAACCAGUCGCUCAAGACGCUUUCCAAAAACCUGGUGAAGAGCGCCAAGAGGACUAUCGGCCGGCAAUAUGUGACCAGAAAGAAGUAUUCUCCCCCCACCUGGGAGAACAGGAGCAGCUUCCAGUCAGAGCUGGAUGAGGAUGAAAUCUCAGUUUCAGAGGAGGUGGACCAGAGCUCCCUCACCCUCUCCUCCACCAUCCGCUCAUCGGACAGACAGACCAUGAGCAACGUUGUGGAGCGUGCCUGUUGCCGCGACUACCAGCGCCUGGGACUGGGCACGCUCAGUAACAGCCUGACACGUUCUAAGAACGAGCCUUUCAGGAUUUCCACCGUCAACCGCAUGUACACUGUCUGCAGGAGCUACCCUGGCCUGCUGAUUGUGCCUCAGAGCAUCCCAGACACAACCAUCCAGAGAAUCUGCCGCUGCUACCGGCAGAAUCGCUUCCCCGUGGUUUGCUGGAGGAAUUCACGAACCAAGGCCGUCCUGCUGCGGUCUGCCGGACUCCACGCAAAGGGGGUGGUGGGCUUCUUCAAGUCCCCGAAUGCCCCUACUUCAGUUCCCUCCCAGGCAGACUCCACCAGUCUGGAGCAGGAGAAAUACCUGCAGGCCAUCAUCAGCUCCAUGCCUUCUUACAGCGAGAGCAGCGGCAGGAACACACUCAGCGGCUUCACCUCCACACAUAUGAGCACCUCCGACUCCUCAGAUAAGCUCAGGCAGCCCAAGAUUGGCGCUCUGAUGAAGCAGGUGAUGGGUACCAAGGACGAUGUUCCUGGAACCUUCAGCAGAGGAGCUCUGGGUCAAAGGGCGAAAGUCAUCUCCCUCUCCCAGCCCAAAGUGUCUGGCAAGGCCAGGAACCCUCCUAGAGGUAAGUGGGGCAGUAUCCGGGGCAGCGGACGUCUAAGUGCCUACAACCCAGACGUGGGGACACGUCUGGCAGGGAAAGAGUCUCCACAGCCCAACGGAGGGCCGAGCGAGGCUCUGUUUCUCCGCCAGCAGAAGGCCUACCUCUACAUCAUCGGAGACAAGGCCCAGCUCAAGGGAGGGAAGCAGGACUCGUUCCAGCAGUGGGAGGUGGUUCCCAUCGAGGUGUGUGACGUGCGGCAGGUGAAGAACAGCUUCAAGAAGCUGAUGAAGGCCUGCGUGCCAAGCUCCCCGACCUCUGACCCCAACAUGAGCUUCCAGCGCUGCCUGGAGGAGUCCGAGUGGAUGGCUCUGCUACACAGGGUGCUGCAGGUGUCCGUCCUGGUGGUGGAGCUAUUGGAUACGGGUUCGUCGGUCAUGGUCAGCCUGGAGGACGGCUGGGAUGUCACCACGCAGGUGGUGUCCCUGGUGCAGCUGCUAUCUGAUCCGUACUACCGAACCUUUGACGGCUUCCGCCUGCUGGUGGAGAAGGAGUGGCUGUCGUUCGGGCACAGGUUCAGCCACCGCGGAGCGCAGACGCUGGGCAGCCAGAGCAGCGGCUUCACCCCCGUCUUCCUGCAGUUCCUGGACUGUGUACACCAGAUCCACCUCCAGUUCCCCAUGGAGUUUGAGUUCAGUCAGUACUACCUGAAGUUCUUGGCCUACCACUACGUGUCCAACCGCUUCCGCACCUUCCUGCUCGACUCUGACUACGAGCGCAUAGAGCUGGGAGUGCUGUAUGAGGAGAAAGGUGAGAGGAAAAGCCCCCAGGUGUGUAAGUCUGUAUGGGACUACAUCGACAGACUCAACAAGAAAACGCCCAUCUUCUACAACUACAUGUUCUCUCCUGAGGAUGAGGAGGUGCUGCGGCCGUACACCUUCAUCUCUAACCUGAAGGUCUGGGACUUCUACAUGGAGGAGACUCUGUCGGAGGGGCCCUCCUACGACUGGGAGCUGAGGGGCCGGCAGGAGCGCGUGGCAGAGGAGACGCCAGAGAAACCCGACACCAGCGGCCCCAAGUCCCAGCGCCACAUUGUGUGGCCGUGCUACGACAGCCUGAGCAAGGUGGUGCCCGACGCCAUCACCAAGCUGCUGCAGGACCUGCAGAGUCUGGAGGCGGAGCUCGGCCAGACGUCUGAGAAGUGGAAGGACACCUGGGACAAAAUCAAGACCACGCAGAGAACUGAGACCAAACUGGAGAGCAAGCCUUCGUUCUCCAGCUCCUUGCUGAUGUCGUCCAACCUGAGCCACCAGCGCCGUUCUCAGGGCGUCUACCUGCAGGAGAGCGGCGUGGGGUCCUCCAUCAACCUGGCUCUGGAGUGCGAGGCCAGCGCCACCUCCACGCCUGUAGCCGGUCGGCCCAGCACCAGCACGCUCUAUAGCCAGUUCCAGAGCACGGAGAGCGAGAACAGGAGUUUUGAAGGCAUCCUGUUUAAGAAAGGGGCGUUGUUGAAACCAUGGAAACCACGGUGGUUCGUGUUGGACAAGACCAAACAUCAGCUGAGAUACUACGAGAGCAGGCAGGACAAGGAGUGUAAAGGAGUGAUCGAGCUUGCCGAGGUGGAGUCCGUUAUUCCAGGAACGCCUACCAUGGGAGCGCCAAAAAACAUCGAGGAGAAGGCCUUCUUUGAUCUCAAGACGACCAAACGAGUGUACAACUUCUGUGCCCAGGACAGCAUGAACGCCCAGCUGUGGAUGGACAGUGUUCAGAACUGCCUGUCAGAUGCCUAGAGAGGAGGCGGGACUCUUUAAGGAGCAAUGCAACCAGGAACGAAUGAGCAGUGCUGCGGCACCUGACGGACAUCGCUGCCGACCAAUCCCAGCGGACUGGGAGAGGGGAAGGGGCCUUUCACCACUUAAGCUCUGUUCUGUUCGCUAGUGUUGAACUAAUAACCUUGCGUCACAACGUUUCAGUGUUUUUGUUAUAAAAAUAAGAAAAAGAAAAAAACAAGUGUCCCUGAAGAACCACUCGCUGUCGUCUCACCAAGUAGCUGCAGCCUCCCACCUCCCCGACAGUCUGACCACUGUGUGCGUUCGAUGUCCGUACGCACACAAACAAUGCAUAUUAAAGCACGUCGUUGCAUUUCUGGUGGCGCCCUGCAGCUUGGACCAGCAUGAAGAUCUUUCCAGACCCUCCAACUGUAAACCACAACCCGCUCUCCCCCCUACUAACCCCACUCUCCCCUUUAAGACACUCCGAGGAGGAAUGACGGAGGAGCUGCAGUCGCCCAUCGGCCCGGCUACGUACAGGACUCGGACUGCUCCGGAGAAAGAUCAGAAACACGCACUGGUGGGUUGACGGACCAAAACCCUGAGGAACACACAACGCCGACCGCCAACGCUCAUCCUCCUGGUCCUCAGAGGUCUCUGCUCUCUUUGCCUCUCACUGCCUGGUGUCGCCCAUUCGCAGUAAUAGUCAGAGGACGUUUCAGAGGAAGUCGAGUGUGUUGCUGCAGCUGCAAGGGGAAGGGAGGGAGGGGGAGGGGAGGGCUCCUCAACGGUUCAUGAAGGAUUUCCUUUACUUUUUUUGUUUUCCAAAAUCUCAAAUUUUUACCAGAAAGAGAUCAAUGCCCACCAGCUGUCCUCAGCAGGUGGUGAUAUACUGUGAAAGCCAUGAAUCAGUCGUAGAGAUCAAACCAGGAGAGCCAGUUGGAGAUUGGAGCGUGUCAGGUAUUGAGUGUGUCGGUGAACUUUCACUGAGAGUGUUUACAAAGUAGACAAAACUUCCCUCACUAAGCUAAACUCUUCACCUGUGUGUUUUUAAUCAGUACAACCACUAUUAACAUUCAGAUUUUUAAGGGAUGCUGAAGGAAAAAGGAGGGAUUUAUUUUGUAGUGAUGUCUUAAAAAACAAUCUAUAGAAGGAGAUCUGGAAGGUAGGAGAUAAAGAGGAGGGAUACUAAUGAACAGAGUGAUAUUAUGGGAUGCUUUGGAGAGACCACAGUUUUUAGAGAUGGACAUUGACUCACCACAGUGCUCAAAGUGUCAGAAACUGGAUGUUAUUUAAAGGAAAAUUCUGGUGUUUUUCAACCUCCAUCUAUUAUGACUAUGAAGAAAGUAAACACAGAAAUUAGCCCCCAUAUAUUAGCUAUUGUGGCUAACAGCAAGCUAGUUUGGUAAGCCGGGCAUCCAGCUGCCUGACCAAUCGAGCUGUAUGGUUAACCAACUUGUAUAUUACCCAUUGAUCUACAGAAAUACCAAACAUUUAUUGCUUAUCAUUUCACAUACAGGAAGAUAAUUGAUAAUUGAUAACAUAUGCUAACUUAAGAUGUGACGAUAUUUGUUUUAUCUUUUAACCGUCUUUAAAAUGUAGGUUUUGACGGAGGAUUGUUCAACUGUUAUUGGAGCACAGAGCAAAAAGAGGCGGGACAUAGGAAGGGUCAAUUAUGAAAGUAAGCCUUGGGUAGAAAAAUCCCAGGAUUUUCCUUUAAUGACAGGUAAAGUCAUGCGAACGUCUGAGAGCUGGUCACAUACAGUGUGUCAGCUGUGAAUGUGAUGCUGCUCAGACGCACUUCCACCAGUGUCGAUACCAGUGUUUAAGUUUAGCACUUGUCACUGUCUACGUCGGUUAGAUUUGUAGAGAAACAGUACGUUUAGCUGGAAGGUUUCAAACAUCAAGUCACUUUUUUUAUUUUAAGGUCAAUGGUUUUUCAGACUGCCUCCCCCCACCUCUAUUCACCCCUCUCCUCCACACACACAAACCACUCUGACCCACACUUGUUAACACAAACCCUGCUAUGUAAAAUAAGGUUCUACUGCUGUCUUUGUUGAACAUAAAAUUUGAAAUUGUAGAUUUUUUUUUGUGUCUAAUAACUCCUUUGUAUAUACUACUCCAGAUUUGUAUGUAACGUUAUGGUAGUAAUUUAUUUAACUUGUCUCCUCAGUAAGAAAGUUCCUCAAGCACCACUUUAUUUUUAAAUUAGGAAUUCAAUGUGCCAUUUGUUUAUUUCUGUAUUAAUGUGACUAAUGCUCUUUUUUUUUUUUGAAAAAUGUACAAGUAAACCCUCAAUGUCUUUUUUUUUUUUUGUUAAACAUGGUUACUCAAUAUCAGCUGUUAAUGUUAGAGUGGAAAUGGUGUGUUAGUGGAAGAGGAAGCCUCUGGGCGGUUUUUUAAAGGCUGGUUGGAUUUUACUGUGUUGCUCGCCCACAGUGGUGGGAUGUUCUGGACGAAGGUUACAGUCAUAAUAAAUUUCACACAUAUUAAGUCUUCCUGGUGCUGGGUUCUGCUGACUGGCCUGCUGCUAGCUUAAUGGACUCCUGUUGUAUUCAUUAAAUUGUGACGAGUUAGGGCACCUAAAUGUGCAGUAUGUCAUUUAAAAUGCGCGGUGUAGUUAAAAUAUUAAUCAAAGAUGCCAAACAUACUAAUAUUAUUUAAUAAAGUAUUAUUAUCUCUGGUAAGUUUUGGGGAUUUGGUGCAUUCACAAACCUUAAAGGGUAAAGGAAGGGCAAGGUUUUAAUGCACUCUCUGGGCAGCUCAGGGGUUGCACCUGUAACCACACCCAAGAGUGAUGUCAUGGUGUACUGUCAUACCCUUGCGUACACUGCAUCACAUCUGCAGCAAGGCGAGAAGUAGGGCUGCAACUAACGAUUAUUUUCCCUAUCGAUUUGUCUGAUCAAUUCAAAAAAUAAUAAAGAAAUGCCCCUCAAGUCUUUAAACCUGUUUUAUAUGACCAACGGUUCAAUUUACUAUCAUAUAAGGCUAAGAAAACCAGCCGGAACAAGAGAAUUUUUGGCAUUUUUGCUUAAAACGAUUAUUGUUGUGGUGUUGCGUCGCUCUUUAAGUUCAGUGGACAAUCAUAGGAUGGUACAAAAACCUUUCCUGUGAACCAUAAAUCCAAGUUUUAACUGUCCAAUGAUUGUCAGGUUCUCACUAAAUAUUCUACUUUUUUUUUUUAAUUGAUGUGAUCUCCUGACAGUAGCUGCCUGAUCUACUGUAUUAAGCCUGAUCAUAAUGUUACAGAACAAGCUAAAGUAUCUGUAGGCUCCUGUGUUUAACUGCCUUCACACCUACAGGCAGAUGCACUGAAUCAUUCCUGUGUCGGUACCAGCAUCCAUUAUUAGUCUGCUGGAGGUCUAGUAAGCAAGAAAAGUCUACAGCCAACAUCAUGAUCAUAUAUCCUAAAGUUUAAGGUGACCUUGUGCAUCUUAAAAUAAUCUCCCCCCGAGGAACAGACGGACCAAAGUGACAGCAGGAACUGCUGCCGCAGCCAGAACCCGCCUGUGGGAAGACUCAGUGUGUCCUUGUGUUUUGACUGCAGUCUACAUCCAGUUAGACCCAGCUCAUCUUUUCACUCUAGUUUACUCAUCUCUCUGUGGUAACGCUCUACAACAGCUACAUUAACCACAACAAUAUGACAUAAUCCUUUUUAUUUAUUUUGGUUCCUUUUUUUAAAUUAGAAAUGACUUUCUGAGCCGGGUUAUGUUGUCAAUCAUGUCAAUAUAGUUUUUAGAAUCCAAAUAAACUCGUGGGUUUAAAUGUU